GUGUUAUAUUUCAAUCUUGAGGGACGGUUUCCUCCUUAUCAGUGCUCACUGUUAAAGGUCAAGCUCCAUGUUCACGUCACUCGGAGUCAUUAGCUGUUAUGCUCAUAACCGCGUCAGACGUUUUUUGGUUGCAUCUAGAGCGAGGAUGGCCUCAUCCACGGGUCUGCUGCACAGUGCCACGCCCCCAAGAGUGCCAACAAAACAUGAAAAGUGUUACGACCCUCAUGACCCAACACUUAAGUUUGUCGAUAAGGAGGAUGAUUUGGACUUUUUGUAUGAAGGCUUCAAAUCUCUCAGAGCUCAGAUGUCCUGUGGCCACGCUGUGACCCCGACCUCUCUCACCAACUGGUGUCGCAGGUUGUUGGACCAGGGUGAAAGCAGAUUUGUGUGUGGCGGGUCUGGUUGCAGUGCUGAGUGGACUUUUUCAGAGGUUUGGAAAAUGGCCCUUCUGACCCCUCAGGAAACUGAGCAUUUUCGAAAAAAAUUGGCGGUCAACGCUGCCUUGCAGACGCUUAUUACCAAAUCGUGUCCUGUAUGCAGAUCCACUGUGACGAGAGAGAAUGGAUCAGACUUGAAUGUCCUCUGUGAAGUGUGCACAGCAGAUAAAGGACAGCCGUUUGAAUUCUGCUGGCAGUGCUUGAGGGAAUGGAAGGGUCCACGGCCUCGGAAAGACCGCUGUGAAAAUGAUGGCUGCUGUAACCAGUCACUAAAAACACUAAAAGAAUGCCCAGAUAUCAGCUUUGAUUCAGUGAAGGGAGUCCACGGCUGUCCCUCUGUACGUGCCUGUCCCACCUGUGGGUUACUGCUGGAGCACAGCAAGAGGCGAUGUAAAUCUCUUCCUUGUCCUCGAUGUAAGGUGAAGUUCUGUUUUGUGUGCCUGAAGAUCUUCACUGAAUGCAUGAAAACAAGUGACCCUUAUGCAGCAUGCUCCAGUGGUGUAGCUCCCAGACAGACAUCGAUACCUGUAUGGAAGAAGAAAUAAUGAAAAAAACACAAAGCUCCCAAGUUUCACUUUUAAUCCCUUUUCUGUAAAUAGUAUACCAUGAUUUUUUUUUGAUUUUUUUUACAUGACCUGUGUUUUUAUUCACUUGUUAUAAUUCUCUGUUCUGUUGGAGCACUUAUCAGAUAUAAUCAAUGUUGGCUUAUAUUGAUGAGAAAUUUGCUACCAAAUGUGAUCUUUACAGCUGUAUUAUGUCUGAAUCAUAACGACAAUAAACUUGAAAAAUGUUGUUCA